CCGGGAUGGACAGGCGACCGCGUCACACGCUGCCUCACGUCGCCCUCUCCGACGUCCAGUACGCUUCCGACACGGAGGAGAUCCCCUACACGGGCGAAUCUUUAUUCCAGCAUCUUUCCAAGAAAGGGAAACGUUUCGUACCGCCGAACCUUUUACGGAGGAUGUCGACGAGUACGUGGACGACGACGACAUCUGCCACCGGAAUGCCGACCAUUGAACCGGAGCCGUGCCGGAAGAGGACGGCCAGUUUCAGGAGCGGAUUAGAUGGUUCCGGUGCGACGUCCUCAUCGAGCCCAAAUCAAAGUCAGCUGUCGCUUCCGGGCCUAGUUGCAUUCACCGCCAAUGAGCCAAUGACACUAGGCUACAACAUUAACAACAACAAUUCGACCUCGUCACCGUCGGGCAGUAACAAGAGUCGCAGCCACUCGACGACGUCGCUCUAUAAUCAACAUCCAAACGGCAAACGGCUGAUGCGCGAACGGAAAACGGUCUGCAGUCUCCAUCCGCUCUCGACGACGACGGUGACGGCCAAUGACUUCUCGUCGGGAGGCCUUCUUUCCCUCGAUAAUUCGUCCAAUUGUUCUGCCGUCAUCACGGCUGAUUCAGACGCUGCCCAACAACAACAUUUGCGCGAUCGGGACGAUUCUGAAAACGAAGCGUAUAGUUUCUCGUUGCCCGGAUCUGCCGUCGACAGCCGACGAGGUUCCGGACUGAGCACUAGACGGAGUUCGGGUGCCGGAAGCGGCGGUGGAAGCCGAAGAGGAUCUCAGCAGCCGAUCGUCGUAAUUGAAGAUCGGCGAUCUACGGGCGCAGGAUCGGAUUGCGAAGCUCCUGAAUCGGGAAGUUCUAACGUGUUGCGGAUCACCGAGUAUGUCACGACGCGCACGUUGACCAGCAAUCGAAGCGGAAAUAAUAACCGACAGACACCCUGUUUCGAUGACGAUGAUGGUGACGGCGAAGCUGGAGACGAUGAACUUGAAAGCGGAGACGUCACGGACAAUGGAGAAAUUCAACAAGAAAAUUGUCUGGGCCGACGAUCCGCCCAUCGUGGCGGAGGAUCUGCCAGUGGCAAGCCGCGGACGUCUGAUUACGAGAGUUCCGACUCGCCGAAUUCGAGUGACCAUUGCGAAGAGAUACCCAGUAGCCGAACUGCGUUGGGCCCACUGGAAUCCCACCCGCUUCCAGUACUCAUCCGCACUGAACUGGAGGAGUACGAUUGCCCCUGUACAUCAGUCGCAGAUCUUACUGAUGAAGACUACGUUAUCAAUCGGGAAUCGUUCCAGGUGCACGAAGAAGAUGAACAAAAUUGCCGAGUCAUUUUGCUCGAAGAUGGAUCUCGUUUCGACCUGGACCAAUUGGAAUGUGACCAAUUAUUAAACGACCUUAAAGAUUGGGACUAUCCCAUCUUUGAUCUGUUGGAUCGUUACACCGAUAGAAUUUUGUCUACGACGUGCUAUCGAGUCUUUGCUGAAGUUGGGCUCUUUGACACUUUCAAGAUUCCCGUCCGGGAGUUUUUCCACUUCUUUCACGCCCUCGAACUCGGAUACAGAGAUAAGCCAUAUCAUAACCGAACGCACGCCUCUGAUGUGCUGCACGCCGUUUUCUAUCUGACAUCGCAACCGAUUCCAGGAUUUACCGUUCAUUCGCUAGAUUCCGAUCCGAGCUCGGCGAAAAUUCUUGGUGUGGAUUCGUCUAGUCCAAGUCCUGCUCUAGUGCAACGGGCCUCUUUCAAUUUCGAAGACUCUUGCGGUAUCAUGGGUGCCAAUUUCCCAGCUCUGGAGCUGAUGGCCCUCUACACGGCAGCCACCAUGCACGACUAUGACCAUCCGGGCAGAACCAAUGCCUUUCUUGUUACCACUCUCGCCCCUCAGGCCAUCUUGUACAAUGACCGUUCUGUUUUGGAGAAUCAUCACGCGGCGGCUGCUUGGUCCCUUUUUCUUUCCGAUCCUCGUUUCAACUUCCUUGUUCACUUAGAACGGGCGGAAUUCAAACGUUUUCGCUACCUCAUCAUUGAAGCUAUUCUCGCUACGGAUCUGAAACGCCAUUUUGAAAUUUUGGCUGAAUUCAAUGCGAAAAUCAACGACGCCGACGCCCCCGGAAUCGACUGGACCAACGAGACGGACCGGUUAUUAGCCAUGCAAAUGUGCAUCAAGUUGGCCGAUAUCAACGGACCGUGCAAGAUACACAACAUUCACGUCCAGUGGACUCAUCGCAUCGCCGAAGAAUUCUACGAACAGGGAGACGAAGAAGCUUCCUUGGGCAUGCCCAUCUCUCCCUACAUGGAUCGUAACAAUCCGCAAUUGGCCAAACUACAAGAGUCUUUUAUUAAUCACUUGGUGGCUCCGUUGUGUAAUGCUUAUGGGGAAGCUGGCCUUUUGCCCGGGGAGUGGGAUGACGGUAUCCAAGAUGAUGACGACGAAAGCCUUCCGAGUUCAUUUUACAGUGAUGGAAGUGGAUGCCACGACGACAGGAGGGCCAGUUCAGGAGAAAGCUCGUGCAUGACGGAAUUGGAAAGAGAUCCUGUGCAAUCAGCGGGCUCCGGCAGCGAUUCCGACACCCCAGUCCAUCGAAAACGAUCUCCAGCAGGACGCAAGAUUCUUUGUCUGCAGACUCAACAUCUUCAGGAGAAUCAUGAGUAUUGGGUGGCCCAAAUAAAGGAGAGUGAGCUUCGGCCGUCUUCUGAUAAUGCGGGUGUAUCGUGUUCCGGUGGAGCCCGAUCUGACUCCGGUGACAAUAACAGUUCGGGCGAUUCCAGUCCAAUUAGCCUGAGCGAAGACCGGAUGGAACCCAUUGCCGAAGAAAAUAGUCCUAAAUCAUUCGAACGCAGUUUUAGCUUUGAGAAGGAAGAUUCGAAACUUUGAAAUCUUUCGAUUUGAUGUGACGUCCCAUCCUGGGCUUAAUAUGGUGUAUUUCAUUCGUGACCCAAUUGGUUGUGUUAUUUAACACUUAAACCAUAAUCCCUAUUCGUCUUGUGUGUGUGUUCUAUUUAGUCCCUCCCCCAUUCCCACCUGUGAUAACUCGCACGGACAAUGACCCUUUUACGCUUAUGGAGUGGCCGAAAAAUGUAAUGUAAUGGAAUGUAUCACCUAGUGGUUAAGGCUUGAUGCGAUGCAUUGCCGAUAAUGAGGUCGCCAAGUGUUGUGCAUUUUUUUUUUUUUUUCAAAUCCAGAAUCAUCGCCAUCAGGUAAUUUAACAAAGUUUCUUUCCUCACUGUUUACGCGAUUUUAUUCGUACUAUUGCCACCGCGUCUUCGUGCGCAGAGUGAGGAAAGGAAGCCAAUUACAUUACAGAUUCCGGCUGUACAUCAUGAUCAAAUGGCGGAUAUAACAAAAUGGCCGAUACCACAGAAAUGUGUGCUAUAUCCGCCCCUGCAAUAGAUUGGCCCAAUAGAUCAUAUCACAUCAUUAUAUGGCCUAGAGUGAGUGCAUUUCCCCUAAAUCAUGGUUUCUGUUAAGGUAAACUCUGUUGUUCAUUCAGUACCUUUUUAAACUGGUUGUUUUCAUUCCAAUAGCAUUUCUUGACGGGCUUUAUAGGUCAUUUUAGCAGCCUUCUCUUUACAAAUUUGAAGCUAGUAUUUAAACUUUGUAUGGAAUGAUUUCAUGCCUACGGGUGGGUGGCAGUAGAAAUGGUCCACCAGUUCAUGGUUUGGCCAGUAAGUUAAAAGAGUUAAUGAAGAGUUUUGUACGAUGCAUUGCUGGGCCGAGUUGGUGAUUCUGUGCAAUCAAGGAAUGAAAUAUUAGACGGAUUGCCGUCAUCAUUUCAAUCCCUUUCACGUACUAAAUGAUAUUUUAAAGUUCAUCCAUUUGUAAAUCAUAAUGACGAUGUGACAUACAUGUACAAAUUUGGAUGUUUGCCAUUUUUACCCCCUUGCUACAUAUUUUGCGCCGUUCCAUGGUCUCCUUCAUCCCGUUAUAUUGCAUGUUGGUUCCUUUACAUAAUUUUUCAUCGCAAUAUGUGAAUUCGUACAAGUGUGUCAGUGUCGACCUAGCAAACCGUACAAACUAUUCCAUAUCCACAUAACGAUGACGAGAUGUUAAAGCAAGUUAUUGCACACUAGACGUCCGACGACUGACCAUAUUUUACGUUUAAUUUUGAAUUAUAUACCAAAUACAUUUGUCGUUUACUCGUU